AUGCCGUUUCAAUCCGAAGAAGAAAGAAUUCGUGAAGUUUUGCGUGAUUUGAAAUCCAGAAAAGAGGGCGGCGACGUGAAAGAAGACAUUGAACGAAUUGAGAGGAUUCUCAAGGAUCCACUUUUUAAGCAACUUUCCAAUCAAGCAAGGUCUGUGGAACAAAGUGUCGAGAAUUUCCGCAAAAAAUUUGACACACCUGAUUUCAAAAAGGGUCUUAAACCGAAUCAGAAGCUUAUCAUCUGCUCGUUUGAUGCAAAACCGGUGGAGCUAAUAAUUCUUGAGACGAAAGAGAAACAGCCACGAUUGCUAAUUGUCGGGCCGAAAGACGUCAAAACCAGAUCAUCGGGAAAAUUGCGAAUCGGCGACAGUGUGCUAGCAAUCGAUGCACCGUGCGCCGCCGCUGCCACGAAACCGUCACCCGCCCGAACCACCAACGACAAUCAAGGAGCACCUUCUUCAGGAGCAGCAGAAGCAGCAGCAACAGCUUCAUCACUACCGAACGCACCGAUAAGCAAGCAGAAUUUCGAUUCGACUUAUAGUCUUGCGGCUUCUCGGGGUCAACAUCUCGUCGUUGCGCUCAUUCGCGAAGCAACUCCCAUGGUGUUGUCAGGCGACUGGACGCAGGUUGAAGUGAUUCGAUUGAAUACCGAAACCGGCGGAUUGGGAUUUGGAAUUGUCGGAGGGACGAGCACCGGAGUUGUGGUCAAGACCAUUUUGCCAGGAAGUCCAGCAGAUAAGGAUGGUCGUCUUCAACCGGGUGAUCACAUUCUCCAAAUCGGCAACAUCAACACCCAUGGGAUGAGCAGUCAACAGGUGGCGACAAUCCUUCGCCAUCAGCAUCCGGUCGUCGAGAUGAUCGUCGGACGACCGAUUGCAUACGCUGAUAAGCCAGCCGACACUCCAGAGUGCUUCACACUGGCGACCAAGGCUGCCCUCUGCGCGACGACGUUGGAGGAAGCCAUUCAAAGACAGAUGGCCACUUCAGCGCCAUCGACAGCAGCCAUUCAAACACCGAACACCAUGUCGCCAUCCGUGAGUUGUACGCCAAUUGAAGAAGAAAAGGAGCCGGAGCCGGAGGCAUCGCGUAAGAUUUCAGCAGCACCAACUUCAACCUCAUCCCCUCCACCACCACCACCACCACUGAAGAAGACAAGUUAUGACCCACAGCAAAUUGAUAUUCGGAAACCGUGCGAAUGCGCGCCACAUUAUAAUCGAAGGGAAUGUGUGCAUUCAUCAUCAGAGCACAACCAUGUCUCGCCGACGACGAGUCCCGAUAAGGAAGAGAGCAUGAGCAUCAAGGCGGAAACCGCGGAAAUGACAUCGAGUAAAGGAUCACCAACGAAUGACCAGAAUGGAAAGGGAACGACAACGUCAUCGUCUUCCAGAAUGUCACUAAAAUCAUUACAAGAAAUGGCACUCACCGUAUUUCUACGAGAAAAUUGGGACAAUGCGAAAUUCGAAAUCAUCGAGGUUGUUCUACAAAGAGAUCCUGCUCUCGGCCUGGGUAUUACGGUAGCAGGAUAUGUCCAUAAAAAGGAAGAAAUCGGCGGAAUUUUCGUGAAAUCGCUUGUUCCUCGGUCGGCGGCAUCGGCAAGUGGCGUGAUCAAAGUGCACGACUUGAUUCUUGAGGUUAACGGAGUUUCUCUGGAGCACAUGUCGCAUGCGGAUAGUGUGAGGACGUUGGUAAAGUCAGGCGACAAGGUCAAUCUAAAGUUGGUGCGAUUCCCCCCGAACUCUUCUCAAGCACAAUGCCUUAAAAUGCUCCAACAACAAGAGACUGAGACUCAAGUGAUUGAUGUGAAGCUGUCGAAUCCGAAUUUGGUGCACGAGUGGAAGAGUCGACUUGUUGAUGAUGUCGAUAUCAUCUCGGCAGUCGUUAAACCUGAUAGACAAAUGCAAGAUGGAGGACUUGGAAUCUCUCUGGAGGGUACGGUUGAUGUGCUGAAUGGCGCUCAACUUUGUCCUCAUCAUUAUAUCGAAUCGAUUCGCGAGAAUGGGCCUGUCGCGAAAACGGGUCUUCUGCAAGCGGGAGAUGAGCUUCUACAGGUCAAUCACUCGCCGUUAUACGGCGAAUCGCAUGUGACAGUGAGGCAAGCUCUGACAAGAGCUGUACAUUCUGGAGCUCCCGUAACAUUGAUAGUUGCGAGAAGAUCGCAACAACUACACUUGUUCGAGCCGACGAGUUGUGAGAAGCAAUUGCCGUUGGCAUUCCCAUUUUUGGCUGCAAAUCAAGAAACAGUGGUCAAGGCGAAAUCCGAGAUUGAUCUAUCAUCGACACGUGCUGAGACAACUCAACUUUUGCAAAAAGUCUCACGUCGUCUACGAUCGCGAUCCCUCGAGAACUUCCAUGGUCUUGCCGUCUGGAAUUGUGUACCAUUAGUUAUCUAUCUCAAUAAGGAUCAUCGUGGUCUUGGCUUUUCCAUUGUCGAUUAUAAGGAUCCGACCCACAGUCAUGAAAGUGUCAUAGUUGUUCAGUCGCUGGUUCCUGGAGGAGUCGCGCAGAUUGACGGAAGAAUUGUGCCUGGAGACAGAUUAUUGUUCGUCAACAAUCAUGAUCUGUCGAACAGCAGUCUGGAGCGAGCAGUAGCAGUGCUCAAGGCGGCGAGAAUGGGACCCGUUCGGCUCGGAAUCGCGAAACCGAUUCCCGUUGAACAGCAAUCGCAAUUCACAACAUCACAUUCGCCGCUGUGCUCGAGAAGUGAGCGAUUGUUAGCGCGUGGAAGGAGUCCGAGAGGUCGACGAAGAUAUCAAUCUGGCACGACAUCAAGCCAAGAAACGGUUUGGAUCGGCACCGCCGAGCAGUACAGGCGUCUCCACCCGCAGGCUUAUUAUCCGUCAAGGAGCCCGUCGACGGCACGAAGCGAGCGCAGUCUCGACGGUUCGGAGUUCUCGAUGACAUCUUGGUCUCCAUGCUCGACGCGGUCGGUAUCGCCGUGCGGUUCGCCGAUAUCACUUAGGGGUUCUUGGGCUUAUGAUGUUGUCUUUCUGCCGUCCCAUCUUGAACGGACCAUCAAACUUCAGAAGGGGCCACUUCCAUUAGGAAUUGUAUUAGAUGCUGAUAAAGAUAAGGGUGUGAACGGGUGUGUCGUCAAGAGUAUUUGUGGCAAGAAAGCGGUAGCUCUAGAUGGACGACUUCAAGUUGGUGAUUAUGUGGUGAAGAUAAACACGGAAUCUCUUCGCAACGUGACGAGUUCUCAAGCGCGCGCGAUAUUGAAACGUGAGAAUCUCAUCGGCGCCGGAUGCACAAUCACGUAUAUCACGUCGGCGGAUGCAAAAACCUGGAAAGAGCGAUUCCAGAAGCCCCCGGAAACGUCGUCGCCGAUUGUCAAUCGAUUAUCGCCGAAAGUGUUCCCGAAGUUCUAUCGAAGUCCGUACUUGAAUCGGCAGGAGAGUUUGUCGAAGAACCAGGAGACUGACGAUGAGACUGAGGCCGAAGCGCCAUCAAUUAUGACAGAUUCAAUGUCCGACGCGAUUAGGAUAAAGGAAGUCGAAAAAGACAACUUCGAAGGCGAGGAAAGACGACGUCUCGGAAGAUUGAUCGAUGGAAUUGAAAUCGACGAUUUCGUGAACUCGUUGAUCAAGGAAGCGAUUGCUGACGCGAGUGUCGAACUUGGUGCGAUAGCGAAGAUUGAAGGAAAAGUUGAAGAAGAACUCUCAAAGAAGCAUAUUGAGAAAGUCGUUGAUGAAUCAGCUCCUCCCCCGGUUCAGAAGGUUGAGCCAUUAUUAAGAAGGGAUUCUGAGCCAUCGAAUAGCCGGCCAAAUAGGGAAUACAUUCAAGGACAGCGUCAAUCUCAGUUGCAUAUUUUGAGUACUGAAGAGGAAGUUGAGAAGACUAUUCAAAUUGAGACCGAUUUGCCCGUUGCACAAGAGGUUCCACGAAUUUCGCCGAGCGCCAUCAAAUUGGACGACGACAACGAGGAUGUUGACGCGCAAAUAGGUUCAAACGGUGGUACGACGGAAACUACGGCGCAACGGGAAGAGUCACCUUCCAUUAGCCAGAAAUUAGUCGAAAAAACGGGAGAAGCUGACGAGCCGCCUUGUGCGUCAUCUGAAGCCCGACCAGUUGCGAAUAGCAGCAGCACGCCUUCAAUCGUGAAAAACUCGCCGCCUCCACCACCGCCAGCAUCAGUUCCAUCGACGUCAUCUACUAGUCAGAAUUCGACUGAGACGACUACGACCACAACAACCACUACUAUGUCGAAAGCAACCUCAAGAACACCAUCAACGGGAUCCGAAAGUAUUCAGCAACAGGCACGACAAUUGGCCAGAUCGAAAUAUUGGGGAGAAGCUAGGACGGUGGUUCUAAAUCGCGAACCCAACAAAUCAUUUGGAAUUUCAAUUGUUGGGGGACGUGUUGAAGUUUCGCAAAAGGGUGGAUUGCCGGGAACUGGAAACACUGUCUGUGGAAUCUUUAUCAAGAGUGUUCUGCCGAACAGUCCUGCUGGAAGAAGCGGACAGAUGAAUAUGGGAGAUCGGGUUAUUAGUGUGAAUGACAUCGAUUUGAGAGAUGCGACUCAUGAGCAGGCUGUGAAUGCGAUAAAAAAUGCAACGAAUCCCGUUCGAUUUGUCCUUCAAUCGUUGCACACAAAUCAGCAGAACAUGCACAACUCAGCAUCGAAUUCAACUGUGGGAUCGGUGCGAUUCGAAAACGACGUCAAUCAGCAACCGCCAGUGCAAAUCACGCCCCUCAAACCCAUGAUGGUCGUGACACAAGCUCCGACCACCUCGACAGCCCAAACUCCAACUUCUACAUCUGCAUCUGUUGAUUCUGAAAGCAAAGCUGAUUCGUCGACUUCGUGCUCAUCGCCAGACAUUCAGCGAGAAAAUACGGUGAAACGAAUGAAGAAUGAGGAUAGUCAAGAGCAGUCAACAUCAUCUGCGCCAGCUCCUGUUGAAGCUCCGUUAUCGUCGAAUCCGAAACGACAACCAUCGGUCAAAGAAGGAGAAGAAGAACAGGAAGAUCGAGUGACGCGACCCCUUCUUCCACCUCCACCAACACCGCCGAAAAAACAGAUGAGCGUUGAAAAGCAGACAUCGGUGGAAAGUCGGAAAAGCGUAAAGAGUGUGAAAAAGUCGCUCAUCAAAAAAUCAUCAUCGAAUGAAUCAGCUCCUCUCAUCGUGUCAGAUGUUUCGAGCUCGGAAACCCAUGAUGAGAUCGAGUUGCCGCCUUCGACAUCGAAUGAAAAUAUCUAUAGAGUUCUUGGAAUUGAAGAGAACUCGGCAGCUCGACUUCCGGUUGGUGACGGAGAAACGCCGACCAAGUUCCAGUAUACUAAAUCCAAAGUCAAUACCAAAUAUGGUCACGAUGGCGGUCAGGUUGUGAUUGUGCAAUGCGAGAAGCCUGAAGCGGGGCUUGGAAUCAGUUUGGCCGGAAAUAAGGACCGCGAUAAGCAAAAUGUGUUUGUUGUAAAUGUUCGCGCCGCUUGUCCAUUAGAGAUUCGGCCUGGUGAUGAGCUUCUCGAGAUUAACGGACGCGUUCUGCAGAACAUCUCUCAUGUAACAGCGUCGGCUGUUAUUCGAGAAUGUUGCGAUCUGCAUCCGACUAUUGAGAUUGUGAUUAGAAGGAAGGAGGGAGCUCUGAAUGAAUGCGCGGUCCGUAAUGAAGCAAAUGUGACACCAACACCACAACAAGAGGCGACGACCUCAUCUAGCCCGCCGCCACCUGCCGACGACGACCAGAAUCAGCUGGAGCAACAGAAAGAUCUCGUAAGUAUCUUCAUCAAUUACAAUGACGGCGUCAUCGUUGGUUGA